ACUACACACGCCUUGCACCCAGACUUUUUUUUCGAAAGGCCUGCCGUAGAGGAGGAGCUUCCGCAACCACAUCAUCAACACACAGGGUACAUUCUACACUGUUGUUUUUGAGCCUCACGACUGACACCGCCCCGAUUUACGAAGCGCAUCAGGUCGGUGGCCCAUCAUGUCUCUCAACAUCCCCAACGCGCCGAACGCCAACCUGUUUAAGCAGGGGUACAACAACUACGAUUCCGAAGAUGGAGCUGUCCUUCGCAACAUCGACGCCUGCCGGGCCAUCUCCUCGACCGUCCAGACGUCCCUUGGCCCCUACGGCCGCAACAAGAUUGUCAUCAACCACCUCCAGAAGAUGAUCCUUACCUCAGACGCCGCCACCAUCCUCAGAGAACUCGAUGUCGUCCACCCGGCAGCCAAGCUCCUGGUCAUGGCCAGUCAACAGCAGGAGGCCGAGAUGGGUGAUGCCACCAACCUGGUCAUCGUCCUCGCCGGCGAGCUGCUGAAGAAGGCCGAGGACCUGCUUCGUAUGGGCUUGAAGACAUCAGAUAUCGUUACCGGUUACGAGCGUGCACAAAAGUUCGCUCUCGAGACACUCGAGGAGCUUUCCGUUGACAAGGUGGAGGAUAUCCGCUCGCAAGAGGAGCUCAGCAAGGCCAUCCGCACUGUCGUCGCCAGCAAGCAGAACGGUAGCGAGGACUUCUUGGCCGACCUCGUCGCCGAGGCCGUCCUGGCCGUGCUGCCCAAGAACCCCAUCGGCUUCAACGUCGACAACAUCAGAGUCGUCAAGAUUAUGGGUGGCGCUUUGGAGCAGAGCAGGGUAGUCAAGGGUAUGGUCUUCCCCAAGGAGCCGGAUGGAUCGGUCAAGAAGGCGCAGCGUGCCAAGGUCGGAGUCUUCUCCUGUCCCAUCGACACCAGCCAGACCGAGACCAAGGGAACCGUUCUUCUCCACAACGCCAAGGAGAUGAUGGACUUCACCAAGGGCGAGGAGUCGCACCUCGAGGCUGCCAUCAAGGAGCUUCACGACGUUGGCAUCAGAGUGGUCAUCGCUGGCUCAACCGUCGGCGAGCUGGCCCUUCACUACCUCAACAGAUUCGGCAUCCUCGUCAUCAAGAUUCUCAGCAAGUUCGAGCUGCGAAGGAUCUGCAGAGUCGUUGGCGCUACUCCCCUUGCCCGGUUAGGUGCGCCGAUGCCCGAUGAGAUGGGUUCCAUUGAUGUUGUCGAGACCCUCGAGAUUGGCGGAGACCGCGUGACCGUGUUCAGACAAGAGAACGAGGCCACAAGAACAGCGACCCUGGUACUCAGAGGAGCUACCCAGAACCACCUGGACGACGUCGAACGCGCUGUCGACGACGGCGUCAACGUCGUCAAGGCUAUCACCAGAGACCCUCGCCUUGUGCCUGGUGCGGGUGCUACCGAGAUCCAGCUCGUUGAGAGGCUGAACGCACUUGGCGAGAAGACUCCUGGCUUGUCACAAUACGCCAUUCGCAAGUACGGCGAGGCCUUUGAGGUCAUCCCGAGAACGAUUGCCGAGAGUGCCGGUCUGGAUGCCACGGAAGUCCUCAGCAGGCUGUACGGAGCUCACCACAAGAAAGACGACUGGGCCACCGGUGUCGACGUUGAGAACGACGACGGCUCUGGUACCCUUGACGCCCGCGACGAGGGCAUCUUGGACCUGUUGGUCUCCAAGUCAUGGGCCAUCAAGCUCGCCACUGAGGCAGCCCGCACCGUCCUUUCCGUUGAUCAGAUUAUUGUGGCUCGUCGGGCAGGCGGCCCCAAGCCUCCUGGCCCCAACCCUAACUGGGAUGAGGACUAAAUGGGUAUAUACGGCGGCUGGUAAUGGAGUUCAUGUCGGUUUUGAUGAUCAUAGACCACCCCAAAAGUCACGUCGAGAUAUCCCGAAUAGAUUCCUAAAGACAGAU